AUGGCGGAUAGUGAUUCGGCGCAGCCAACGAGCAGCUCAGAGAACGACUCAGAGUUUGCAGCAUUGCUUGAGGCGGAGCUUGACAAGGACGAUUGGGGGUCAGAAGAUCAAAAUGCGGCUGGCGUGGACAGUCACAGCCAUGAAAGAGUUGACAUAGAGGAUGUUGACAACCAGAUAGGGGCGCAAGUGGCGGAGGCACCGUUGAUAGGACAUGCUGCUAGCCAAGCCGUUGACGAACCAGGUGGGGCAGAAGGGAAGGGCAAGGAGGCCGGAAUCUGUCCUCCCCACCCCGGAUACAUGUGGAACAUCUGCAUUCGCUGUGGGAAGGCAAAGGAGGAAGAUGAUGAUGAGAAAGGAGUGGCCCUACGGUAUCUUCAUCAAGGGUUGGAGGUGAGCGCGGUCGAAGCGGACCGUCUCCGAAAGGACGACCUCCAGAAGCUGCUGGCGCAGAAGAAGCUGUACCUGGUAGUGGACCUCGACCAUACGUUGCUCAACUCAACAAGGAUGGCCGAGGUCCCAGACAGCGACGCCGCCUACCUCCGCUCCGCCUACAGCCCCACCACAGUCUUCCCCCCCGCCGCCGCCCCCAGCGCCAAUGAAGACGACCUGCUGUAUCAGCUGCCGCCUCUGUCGAUGUGGACCAAGCUACGGCCGUUUGUGCGCGAGUUCCUGGAGGAAGCGGCGGGGCUGUUUGAAAUGUACGUGUACACCAUGGGGGAAAAGCUGUACGCGCAGGCGAUGGCCCGGUUGCUGGACCCCUCUGGGCGGCUCUUUGGGGAGCGCGUGAUCAGCCAGCAGGACAGCACCAGCCGCAAGACCAAGGACCUGGACGUCUUCGCCGUGCUCAUCUUCGAUGACACCGAGGCGGUGUGGCCAAAGAACCGGGCGAACCUGCUGGUCAUCGAGCGGUACCACUUCUUCCGGUCGAGCCGGCGCCAGUUCGGCCUGCCCGGGGAGUCGCUCGUCGAGGCCAAGAAGGACGAGUGCAGCGAGGAGGGGGCGCUGCGGGGCAUCCUGGACACCCUCAAAACGGUACACGCCGACUUCUUUGCGCCGCGAACGGCGCCGGCGGACGUCCGACAGGUCUUGGCCUCCGUCCGACGUGGCAUCCUCUCCGGCUGCCACGUGGUCUUCAGCCGCAUCUUCCCCCAGGGCUUCCCGCACCACGAGUCCCACCCGCUCUGGAUCCGCGCCACCGAAUUGGGGGCGACCUGUUCCCUCAACGUUACACUUGAAACCACCCAUGUGGUCGCCGUCGAACCCGGGACGGAGAAGGCGCGGUGGGCGCGCGCAGAGGGCAAGUUUGUCGUACGACCCGAGUGGCUGGACUGCUGCCAGCUCACAUGGUCGCAUGCCCGGGAGGAAGACUUCCCGGUGCUUCCCGACUGGAGAACUCGGGGAGCUGCGCCCGAGUUCGCGCGCACCGUUGACCGGAAGGAACCGGAACCGGAGACCUCCUCGGCGGACGGAACCGACGAGUCCGACGAGGAUGUCGAGGUGACGGACGGGGAGCGAGCCGGCCCAUCGGAAGCUGCCACGUCAGGUGGAAGCGGCGAUGAGAAGAGGGAACGGACCGAUGACGAACGAGAGGAAGGCGAUGCGAAGCAAAGCGGCGACGCACGCGGUGAAGAUCGGCAGCAAGCGGUAGAGAACGGUUUAGCAAGCGUAGCUAGGAGUGUUGGAAACGAAGAGAGUCGCGAAGGUGCGACAGAAAGCACGCAGCGGACCGAGCACGCUAGCAAACGCCAAAAACAGGAGCAUGAGGUUGACGAAGGCACUCUUUGAGAAUCGCCCCUCCAAAUUGGAUCCGACUUGAUGGUUGCACGCUCUCCAUUACACGCUCCAGGAGGAUCUGCGCAUUUUCUGCAGACACGCCUUUGCUCAGGGUAUGCUGUAUACAAACCCAUAGUCAAAAUUGGACGUUCGUGUUCACACCAUCAUGC